ACAAGAGCCACAGGUCAGACCCCAGACUGGACCAGGACAGAAGCAGGACCAAACAGGACCAAACAGGACUAAACCGGGCCUAAACCGGGAUUAUAACAGGUCUACAGUGGGACUAAAGUUGGACUAAAAGAGCAGAGCGGUUUGGUCGCUCCAACUUUACGCACACUUUUACGCACACUUUUACGCGUUUGGAGAGCUUGUUCCUCCUGAUGGAAACGGGACUUUUUGUUUUCUGUGAAGGACAGUACAUGAUCAGAUGAUCCGCAGACGCUGUUGUUUGUUGUGGUAAUCGAUUAAUCACUCCACUUUAAUCACAUUGAUCGAUUUACUCCUUUUCUCCGAGUCGAAACUCCGUCACAGAAACAGGACUUUCUGCCUCGUCUCCGCGUCAUGCCCCCGCACAUGGAUUACUUCUACCAGCACGAGCCCCGGGCCUCCGCGCUGGGCCUGACCGGGGAGGACGCGCUGGACUCGGGGGCGGUCAGCUGCAUGCUCGUGGGGGACCCUGCCGUGGGUAAAACCAGCAUGGUGGUCAGCUACACCUCCAACGGAUACCCCGCGGAGUACCAGCAGACCGGCUUCGACGUGUUCUCUGGUCAGGUGCAGGUGGAGGGGUCACCGGUCAAAGUGCAGCUCCUGGACACAGCUGGACAGGAGGAGUUUGACGAGUUCCGCGCUCUGUCGUACAGUCAGACGGACGUGUUCUUGCUCUGCUUCAGCGUCGUCAACCCGACGUCUUUCCACAACGUCACUAAAAAAUGGGUUCCUGAAAUCCGCGCGCACAAUCCCGGCGCUCCCAUCGUCCUGAUCGGGACUCAGUCGGACUUACUCCUGGACGUGAACGUGUUGAUAAACCUGGACAGUUCUAACGUGAGUCCGAUUGUCGGCUCCAGAGCCAGGACGGCGGCGGAGAAGAUCCGAGCGGCGGACUACGUAGAGUGUUCCUCGCUGACGCAGAAGAACCUGAAGGAGGCGUUUGACGCCGCCAUCUUUGCCGCCAUCAAAAGUAAAACUCGCAAAGGUAAAAAGAGGAGGUUCUCCGACAGAAGAACCAAAGCGUUCUCCAGGUGCAGCUGGAAGAAGUUCUUCUGUUUCAUCUGAACUUUGACCUUUGAGGACUCGCUAUUUAUACAGACGAUUUAUUCAUCCACAAAUCAUCAGGGUCAUUUUGAACAAAGUCACAAAUCAUGAUGCUAACAGAUGCUAAUGGAAGCUAACAGAUGCUAAAGUUAGCACAGAAUCUGCUACACUGCAAAAAUGAACAUCUAAACGACUUUAAAUCAGAACAACUUUAAUAAUAAUGAGUUUUUUAUUUCUUUAUUAUAUGAAGUAAAUUUGACUUGUUUUGUAGCUGAUUCAUCUUUGGCUGAAUCAUCAGUCCAGAAAAAUGUUUUUAUGAUAUUUUAGAUUUUGGAGAAAAACAAAAACAUUAAAAUAAGUUGAAUGAUGCAGGUCUAAAGAGAAGAGACAUUUAAACGAGUGAAAAACGAGUGAAAAACGAGUGAAAAACGCCUCAGAUCAAGAGUCACAUUUAUCUGCUCAGCUUCAGGAGUUUGUCCAAAAAUAUAAACACAAAGAACAGUCCCCCGUCCCUUUAAGACACGAGACAGACACGAGAGACACGGGAGACACGGGAGACACGAGAGACACGGGAGAGGUCAAAACAAACAGAAAUGUGUGAAUUUACAUGAGACAGAACCAGAGAAAGAAAAGAAAGAGAGAGAGAGGGAGGGAGGGAGAGAAAGAGAAAAAGCGACGGAGCAGAAACAGAAGCUGAGCCAGAGCAGGGCGGAGCCACUUUGACUGUUUGACUCUUUGGUCAAACCAGUUUAAAAACAAACACUGGACACAGGAGCAGGAACUGGUCACAUGACAUCACCACAUCACCACCAUAGGCCGUCACACGUGAUGACAUCAUCACGUCUCACACGUGACGACAUCAUCACGUCUCACACGUGACGACAUCAUCACGUCUCACACGUGACGACAUCAUCACGUCUCACACGUGAUGACAUCAUCACGUCUCACACGUGACGACAUCAUCACGUCUCACACGUGACGACAUCAUCACGUCUCACACGUGACGACAUCAUCACGUCUCACACGUGACGACAUCAUCACGUCUCACACGUGAUGACAUCAUCACGUCUCACACGUGAUGACGUCGUCUCAUUUCUGACUCAGAUGAAACGUCAUGAUUCUAGUCUCACAGAAAUGAUCAGGUUCAACAUUUGUGCUUUGACCUUUAGGACGUGUGACGGUGAGUCCAGUGUGACCUCUGACCCCAUCUGCAGUGACAUCACAGUCUGAACACACUCGACACACUGUAAAAAAGCAGCACUGACUCUGUUUGGAUCAACAUUUAGUUUAAACAAAAACUCAAGUCACUCCAUUAUUUCAACUUUUUUUUUUUUAUUUGUUUUGAAAUGACACAACAAAUAUAUUUUAAAAACAGGACAAAAUAUGUCCAACAAAGUCAAAUCAUCUACAAGGUAAAAAAAACAUAAACGUGUCUGCAGUGUGUUACCUCGCGGCUCUGUUACCUCGCGGCUCUGUUAGCUAGCGGCUCUGUUAGCUAGCGGCUCUGUUAGCCUUUCUUGUGUCUGUGAUUCAAACGCUCCAUGUCGUUGUCGGUUGGAGUUUGUUUCUCGGUUGGAGGUGGAGCUCCUCGUUCGGGGGAGGUGUGGGGUGGGAGGGGCGUCUUUAUCUUUUUGUCUCAGAUGCCCUCCCAUUAGCAUUUAACAGGAACAGCAGGAGGUGUGUCGUUAGCAUGAAUCCUCCCUCACAGCGACUCGACUCAGAGACAGUGAAUGAAUCAAAUGAAUCAAAUGAAUCAGAUACACAUAUUCACAUAUAUUUACUCUGUGCUCGCCUCUGCACAGACCUGAUCUGUCACAUAUAUUUACUCUGUGCUCGCCUCUGCACAGACCUGAUCUGUCACAUAUAUUUACUCUGUGCUCGCCUCUGCACAGACCUGACCUGUCACAUAUAUUUAGUCUGUGCUCGCCUCUGCACAGACCUGAUCCGGUGCGUCCUGUUCUUCCAGUGGAAGUGUGUGUGUGUGUGUGUUUGUGUUUGUUCUGUUGUUUUAAAC